AUGCUACCUAGUAAAAAGAAUCCGACAUUUGGAGAUACAAUACCUUGGCAUGAGUACCAAGAACAGCAGAAGAUAAGUGUGCAUACCUCACCCACUCCACUGAAGAUGGAAAUUCAGACACUGCUGAGAGAUGAGGCUUUGGCCGUGUCCUCUCUAGAGAAGUUGCCCAGUGACCUCUUCCCAACACUGUUCAAGGAGGCCUGUGCUGGCAGACUCACUAACCUCAUUAAGGCAAUGUUAGCAGCCUGGCCUUUCCCCUGUCUUGCUGUGGGGGCAUUGAUGGAGUCUCCUGACCCUGACUGCAAAACUUUCCAGGCUGUGCUAGAUGGAGUAGACCUGCGACUAACAAGAGAGUUUCAUUCCAGGAGGGCAAAACUACAAGUUCUUGACCUGAGAAAUGUCUGCCACCCUUUUUGGAACAUACAGGAUGAUUCAGAGACAUUGGAGGAGAAGCAGGUAUUGAAGGUCCUUCCCAGAUAUGCACUCAGGCAGCGUCUGAAGGUCAUAGUUGACCUGUGCAUUACUUCCUUCCUCCAUGAAGCACAAGUAAGCUUUUUGAUGUGGGCCCAGCAGAGAAUGGGUUCCCUGUAUUUCUGCUGUACAAAGAUGAAGAUCUGGACUCUGUCUCCUCACAUUAUCAUAGUGAUCUUCAAUGUUUUUGAUCCAGAGCACAUCACAGAAUUAGAACUGAAUACCGAGUGGACUAUGUCCCAGCUGGAAAAUUUUGCUCCCUACUUUGGACAGAUGAGAAAUCUUCACAAAGUCUUUCUGGCCCCCUUCCGCGAGAUCACCUUCCAUUUUACUCAUAGACCAAGGAUCACAGAAGCCGAGUGUAUCAACAAGUUUGUUUCUCAGUUCUCCCAAUUCAACUGUCUCCAGCAUCUCUUCAUGGAUUGCAUCCAUUUUCUCAGAGACGAGAUUGAUCAGGUCCUAGGGUUCCUAAAGACGCCCUUGGAGACGCUCUCCAUCACUUACUCCCUAAUUUCACAGAGAGACUUGAAUUCCUUCUCCUGCUGUCAGAGCCUACUUCAGCUAAAACAUCUGGAUCUGAGAGGAGUGAUCUUAUGCACUUUGGACCUUAUGCCUCUGAGAGCACUCAUAGAAAAAGUGGCAGAUACUCUUGAGACUCUGAAUUUGCAGGGGUGUAAAGUGAAGGACGUCCAGCUUAAUGUCUUCCUACCUGCCCUUAGGCAAUGCUCUCAACUAACCCAGUUCAAAUUCUACAACAAUGAUAUCUCCAUGUCCACCCUGAAGGACUUUUUGAAGCACUCUACCAACUGGAGCAGGAUGAAUGUGGAACAAUACCCUGCCCCUAUGGAGUGCUAUGAUGAGUUAGCUGAAGUAUCUGUAGAAAGAUUUGCCCAAGUUUGUCGGGAGCUCAUGGAUACACUCAGGACAAUAAGGCAGCCCAAGAACAUCUCCUUUGCUACAGAUAUAUGCCUUACUUGUGGUGAGAGCUAUGUCUAUGAGCAGGUGUUGCGACUUUGUCAUUGCUGGCAGUGA